UGUAUAAGAUAAUAAAAAUAAUUACAAAUGAAGCAAAUUAUUAAACAUCAUCAUCGUCCUUAACCCACCAUAAUUACAAAUGAAGCAAAUUACAAAUAAUUACCUAUCCGUUACUCCAGAUUCAAAGUAAAAAAAAAAAAAAAAAACACUUGAGUUUCGAGAACCAUGACUACUCUAACUAAAUCUAUCAACCUGUCCAUCUGUCAAAACCCGGAUCCGUACCCGGAUUCAUCAAAAUCCAACCUUUCCUUCUCCGUCGGAAAUCCAACCUUUCCUUCUCCGUCGGAAGCUCUCUACCGUUUCAUCAGUCGUCACCGGAGAAGAAAGUAUCAUCCACGACAAAUUCGAUUUCAUGUCUUACAUGAUCGGAAAAGCAAAUUCCGUUAAUAAAGCUCUUGACUCCGCCGUCUCCCUCCGAGAACCGAUCAAGAUCCAUGAAGCGAUGCGUUACUCGCUUCUCGCCGGUGGUAAACGAGUGAGACCCGUGCUCUGCAUCGCCGCGUGCGAAUUAGUCGGCGGCGAAGAAUUCCUCGCGUUACCGGCGGCGUGCGCCGUGGAAAUGAUCCACACGAUGUCGUUGAUCCACGACGAUCUUCCAUGUAUGGAUAAUGGAAACGACGAUCUCCGCCGCGGAAAACCAACGAACCACAAAGUUUUCGGCGAAGACGUCGCGGUUUUAGCCGGAGACGCGCUUUUAUCUUUUGCGUUUGAGCAUUUAGCGACGGAGACGCCGGAAAUUAUUUCUCCGGCGAGAGUGGUUCGAGCAAUUGGAGAAUUAGCGAAAGCCAUUGGAUCAGAAGGGCUUGUGGCGGGUCAAGUCGUGGAUCUAACCAGUGAAGGAAUGGACCAAAACGACGUCGGAUUAGAGCUUCUUGAGUUUAUCCACCUUCAUAAAACCGCCGUGUUGUUAGAGGCGGCGACGGUGUUAGGUGCCAUCUUCGGCGGUGGAACUAAUGAAGAGAUUGAGAGGUUAAGGAAGUUUGCGAGAUGCAUUGGAUUGUUGUUUCAGGUGGUGGACGAUAUUUUGGAUGUGACGAAGUCGUCGGAGGAAUUGGGGAAAACCGCCGGGAAAGAUUUGAUCGCCGAUAAGCUGACGUAUCCGAAACUAAUGGGUCUUGAGAAAUCUAAAGAUUUUGCAGAGAAGUUGUUGAGUGAUGCUCAAGAACAACUUCAUGGAUUUGAUUCGAAUAAAGUUAAACCUUUAUUAGCUUUGGCUAAUUACAUUGGCAAAAGACAGAAUUAAUUCAAUUUUUGACGUUUUAAUUAUUACUCCCUCCGUAUUCAUAUAA